GAUUGUGAGACUUAUGCGUAGAAAGAUUAAACAGUGGUAACAAAGGACGAGUUAGUGUUAAUUUAUAACUAUUGUACAAGCGCUCUCGCUAAUCGCUAUCAUUCAUACUCAAAAGCUUACCGUAAACUAAGAUGUCAUACCAAUUGUGUCCUACGUGUAAAAGGCCGCUAAUAAACAAAGGAAACCUGAAAAUACUUCGUAAAAAAUGGAUAAAAUGGGGAGUGGGUGGUCUCAUCAUGACUGCUAUUUGUGGCGUGGCAGCAGCUAGUGUGUUGCCCCUUUUGGGAUUCGGAUCUGCAGGAGUCACUGCAGGAUCGUUCGCUGCAAGCUGGCAGGGACCUGCUGUUGCGGCUGGUUCGGUGUUCGCUAUAUGCCAGUCAUUGGGUGCCACCGGACUUGGAAUACUGUUAUUCGGCGCCGUCGGAUCAGUCGCUGGGGGGGCUGGUGCACUUGGGCUGAUCUACAAAUAUCGAGAGAAAUUUGAGUGGUGCUGCUGCGAUGCCAUUUCAAAUUGAACGGAAUAAAUGUCAAACUGCUGUCACUGU